AUGAUUCUUGAGAGUUUAGAAGAUAGUUUCGUGCUUGCAAUUGAGCCGUUGACAGGUACCACCACUGCCACCACCACUGCAGCCGCCACUGCUGCCACCAACCAUGCCUUGUGCCUGCCACACGCUUGCCAUCCGCCACACGUUACCCUCUCCCCUUCCUACCUCCGGCUUGCCAAGACAGUGAAAGUGGGCAGGGGGUGGUUCAGCCCGUGGUCGUACGGCGUUGAGUCCUGGAAGCCUCCCCGUGUGAAGCCAGGGGACAAGCUUGUGUUCCGCUGGCGCAUGGCGCGGCAUGACGUGUGGCAGCUCAGGGACUUCGCGGCCUACACCAACUGCACCUUCGCCACGGGAAAGAGGCUCAAGCACGUCCACAUCUCCGAGCGCUACAAGUACAAGGUGCCACGGACAGCAGCGGGCACAACUCUCUUCUUCGCCUGCAGCGUGGACGCCCACUGCAGCGCCCACCACAUGAAGACAAUGAUCCCCAUCUCGCCCUAG